GCAGGUUAGUCUCGGGGAGGGCGCCGCCGCUGUAGCCGGCACGCUGGCCUCCCCUCUCGUCCGACUGCGCCCGCCCGACUUCUUCGGGCGCGAACGGGCGGGCGGUACCAUCCGCGUCACGGGAAAGGGGAGCCGGGCGAGCUCGGAGAGUCCCUCUCCAGAGAAUGGACCGGCCCACCUGCCCGCUUUAAACUGGCAGAAAGAGGCCGUACCAUUUCCUCGGCUGGGGGGUGUGGAGGUCCCUUAGACUGCCAAAGACCAGGUGGGAGUGGAACUGGAUGGUCCCUCGUGUGCUGACCAGCCUGAAUUAUCAUAUGGCUUCAUCCUGUUGCCGUAGCUGUAAUGCCAGGACGAAGGAUGGCAGCUCGGCGUGCGCUGAAAACUGUCUUGGUGGAUCUCAGCGGCACACUUCACAUUGAAGACUCAGCUGUGCCAGGCGCGCAGGAAGCUCUUAAAAGGCUGCGCAGUGCUCCGGUUACUAUUCGAUUUGUGACGAACACAACAAAGGAGUGCAAGAGAGACCUGCUGGAGAGGCUGACAAAACUGGGAUUUGACAUUGCAGAAAAUGAGAUCUUCACAUCUCUGACAGCAGCCAGAAAUCUUCUGGAGCAAAGGCAGGUGCGGCCUCUCCUCCUGGUGGAUGAUAGGGCUCUGCCUGAUUUCACAGGGAUAGCCACUGAUGACCCCAAUGCAGUGGUGGUAGGACUGGCUCCUGAGCACUUUCACUAUGAGAUGAUGAACAGAGCGUUUCGGUUGAUUUUGGAUGGGGCUCCUCUUAUAGCUAUACAUAAAGCCAGAUACUUCAAGAAGAAAGAUGGCUUGGCUCUGGGACCCGGACCUUUUGUAGCUGGGCUGGAAUAUGCGACAGACACCAGAGCGACAGUGGUGGGGAAGCCGGAGAAAACCUUCUUCUUAGAAGCUCUGCGGGGGACUGGCUGUGCCCCGGAGGAGGCCAUCAUGAUUGGUGACGACUGCAGGGAUGAUGUUGGUGGUGCCCAGAACACGGGCAUGCGUGGGAUUUUGGUGAGGACUGGUAAAUAUCGACCAGCGGAUGAAGACAAAAUCAAUCCGGCUCCUUACUUAACCUGUGAGAAUUUCCCAGAGGCAGUGGAACACAUCCUAGAGCGUCUGCUAUGAGAAAGGGAAUAGUUAGUUUGAAGAAACAUCGGUCUUGCAUCAUUUCCUUUCCUCUUGCUUCAAAAAUUAAGGUCACAGGAUCAGUGCAUGCAUUGCAUCAGAAACCUAGCCGUAAGCUCCUUCCACUCGAGUUGUGAAAGGGCAGAGGAUGAGUGUGGGUCCCGGAAAAGCCCCUUUCCUGUAGUAGUUUCACGAGGACAUGAUGAGGGACCGUGGACACCCAGCAGGUGAGACAGAAAGGUUACUACCAACACAGCUGCUUUCCUGAACAACGUAGGGAACGUGGCAGAGAGUUCUGUUUAUUUUCAGUUUUCAAGAAAUAACUGAUGCAAAGCCCUGUCUGGAAAGUGUCACAUUCUUCUGCUGAAUAAGCUAAACUGAAAAAACCCACUGGAAAUACUCAAGUAAAUAAAGCUCAAAGACUAAUGACAGAGCCUUAGUCAGCCUGUAGUGAUUUCACUGAGUAUGCCUCUGCUCUGCUGUAAUUUAAAGGUAGACAUUAUGCACAUUUAGAAGUGACUUUUAAAUUAAAAUAUCACCAUUGUUUAAUAAUAACUACUGUUGAUAUCUUUCCUCUCAUUAGAACAGAUCGUGGUUUUGUUUUUCAAAUUUUACAUAAAAUUAAAACUGUCAGCAUUUUACAGAUGUUUUAAUUAGAUGCUGUUAUUAAAAAGAAUGGUACAGAAACAAAAAUCUGGUAUUAAAAGCCUUAGAGACUGUGAAUUUUUAAAAUUAGACUUCAGCAGGGUCCUAUUAAUGCUACAGUUGCAAAUUUUCACUAUUGUUGGGGGUUUUUUUGUUUCUUUUUAAUGUUAUGGGAAAAAUCCUUUACAAGCCAUAGGGACAGAUUCCAGUUUUUACACAGUUGGUUAGUAGAGCUGUAAAAUGAAAUUUAAUUCUGUAGUAUGCAGUGCUUCUCCUAUGUGCUAAAUCCCCCAAUAUGAACCAACUUUGUAAUGAUGGUAAAUAGCUUUUCUGGUCCAUUUGCAAACUGUAAUAAUCAAAGUCCUUUACAGUUGUUUUACAGUGCUCCUGAGUGUUAAAUUAUUAGAUUGUAAUUAUACAUUACUGGAGUAGUGACCUUAUUGAAAAUACAGUUUUGUGUUAAUGAGC